AUGGUUAAGGCUGAUCGAAUUAAAGUUAGAACUAAGCGAGCAGGCAAAAGAAAGAAGAUUUUUAAUAGAAAAGUGAUAAGUAGCAGUGUGAGUGUAGAUAAUGUAAAUUUUCCUUCUUUAAGUAUAAAUAUCGAAUCACCUGUAAAUAGUCAAACUGAUUUCUUCGAUACGCCAAGCUCUUAUCUUCGCAAAGUUGAAGCAGCUCAACUCCACAAAAAAAUACCACUACUAAAAACAAACGUUUUGAGCUGUCCGACUUGUCUCCAAACGACUUUAGCAAUCAUUGAAAACAAAAGCAAAAAGCAAGAACUUGCAUGUGAACUUUCUAUUAUUUGUUUAAAGUGUAAGUAUCAAAAUAACUUUUACACUUCUAAGUUAGUUAAUAAAAAAGGAAACUUUGAUAUAAACAAUCGAACAGUAUAUACAAUGAGGACUCUUGGAUUAGGACAUUCCGGAAUAGAAAUGUUUACAACCCUCAUGAACAUGCCAAAACCAAUGACGCCAAAAAACUAUGACAAACUUGUUUUAAAAAUUACUAAUAUUAUAGAGGAAGUUGCACAGGAAACAAUGACUGAUGCUGUAUCUGAUUUAAGACUACAGUGUCAAGACAAUAAUGAGAUUCUUGAUGUUGGUGUAUCAUGUGAUGGCACGUGGCAACGUAGGGGAUUUUCAUCAUUGAAUGGUGUAUUUGCAGCACUUUCAAUGGACAGUGGGAAAGUUUUAGAUGUUGAGGUGAUGAGUCGAGUAUGCAGAGGGUGCUCCUUAAAUCAAAAACUUUCUGAAAAAAAUCCUAAUGCAUACGCCGAGUGGAGAAAUUCCCACAUUUGUAAAAUGAAUUACGUAGGUUCUGCAGGUAGAAUGGAGUGCGAAGGAGCCAGUCGUAUUUUCCAGCGUUCGAUUAAAAAGCAUAAGUUGCAGUACAUUAACUUUUUAGGUGAUGGAGAUAGCAAAAGUUACAAUAGUGUCAAGGAUGUUUAUCCUAAUAUUAAAGUAAAUAAAUUAGAAUGUGUUGGACACUAUCAGAAGCGUGUUGGAACCAGACUCCGGAAUUUGAAAAAAAAGUUAGGGGACUGGGCGGUCGUGGUUGAUUGACAGAUGCAACAAUUGAUCGAUUGCAAAAUUUCUUUGGUGUGGCAAUUAGACAGAAUACUGGUAAUUUAAUUGCCAUGAAAUCAGCAGCGCUUGCUACUCUUUUUCACGUUGCAUCAUCAAAAGCAAAUAAUUGGCACUAUCCACAUUGUCCAACAGGUG